CUGGCACCGGUGGUUAAUCACCGCCCAGACCUUCACACGCGUCCCGGCCUUCCACUUGUCUCGCCUCCCCACCCACCAACACCUUUAGUUCCCUCCAAAUUUCCCCCGGCCUUCUCGCCCUCGUCGCCCUGCCUCUCAAAUUCGCUCUGCGACCCAUUCCAUUCCGCCUUCGCCGCACCGGCACUAAACCUAAAACCCGACCGUGUUUCCUGUCGCUGCUUGUCGUCGCCUGAUCAUAGAUCGAAUUGAAGCGGGGAUAUAUGUACAGGAACCAGUUUAGGUCGGAUCGAUUGAACGACCACGCCACCACUGCGCGGAGGCCCGGCCGCGGGAGCGGCAGUAGCUCGCAUUGGGUCGUCUCCGGCGGCCGUGGAAGCACCGCUCCGGCUACGCGGCUGCGAUCGCCGCCCUACCGGAGCGGGAGGCCCGGGAGCGUGCAGCAGCAGUACAGGCCGAGAUCGCCGGCGAGUGUCCCGAUCCAGGGGAAUGCCAUUGGCUGCGCUCCUCCUUGUGGGAGUGGUGCCUCUGCUGAGCACACGGGACCAGUGAACCAAGAGACUUUCGGAUCACUGGAUAAUGUGAAACCUUCCAAUUUUCCUGCUCAGAGUGAUGGUUUGAGUUGUGUCUCUGCUGAAGAAACCUGGCCAGCAGAUUCCCCAACCCCAACACUACAGACAAAAGGAUAUUCAUCCCCUUCAUUUACUCUUCAGUUUGGAACUUUUAACUCAGGAGUUAUUAACAAACAGGAAACUACUUCCUGCACAUCCUCAGCCCCUCCUGAUCUGAAUGGGAGCAAACAUGAAAAGGCCUGCCAUGGAUUACAUUAUUGCAAGCCCAAUACAGCUUCCUCACCUCCUAUACAAGAGCUGCAAAAGCAGGAAGCAAGAGAUGAUUUAGUUAUUGGUGGAGAAGCAGACUUAAUUGGUAAAUAUGAGGUUCAUGUUCCUGAAUUGCAUGAAACACACACAAUGCUGAAUUCUGUUUCUCCAUCUAGCAAAGUGUGCACAGAUUCACGCAAGGUGUUGCUCAGAACUAUGUCUUCCCCAACUCAACAAAAGUGUGAAAAUCAAGAAGAAACAAAAAACACUAUCAGUGUUAACCAGACUGACACCGCAUACAAAUAUCCUACAACCAAGCCCAAGAUCAGUGUUCAAAUUCCAGCUUCCUAUACUCCCAACAUGGCACCACCCCAAUUUAUGCUUCCAGUACCAGGGAGAUCAAUGCCUGUGGCAUUUCAACAGAAACAACCUCAAGUGCCCAUUGAAUUCAGGGGCCCAGGUUUUCAAAUGCACUCUAUUGGCUCUGUAUCUAGUUCCUUGCCCGUGAAGAUGGCUGUCCCUCUGGGUAAUGCACCUCACAUACAACCGAUGUUUGUUCAUGGUGCUCAGCCUCAUGCAUUCCAUCAGCAAUCCUUUAUUCACCAUGGACAAGGCUUUGGAUGUGCUCCUCCAUCUAAUUGUUACCUUCCUCAGUUUGGCAACAUGAGAAAUGUGCAAGAAUUAUCUCAGCAGUAUCCUAGAAGCGGUGAUGAACAUAAGAGAACUAUCAAGAUAACACAUCCAGAGACACACGAAGAACUGAUGCUAGAUAGACAUGGGCAUUCCUUUAUAAAUGUUCCUGCUUCUGGGCAGAUGCCUUUAAACAAUAUAAACCAGCUACCUCACUCUGUUCAAACAUUUUCUCCACUUCAGAAAGUGUAUUAUCCUAGACCAGGAACGUACAAUUCAGCACAUGUCUAUCUUCCCAACUCCACUGAUGUCCCUCUUGCAAGUAGGCAAUUUUCCUCCAAAAUUCAACCUUCGAUGCAUGGUUUUGAUUCCACUAAUAGCAACCAGCCAUUUACUUCCAUCAGACCUCCUAUGCCGAUAUCUCGGCUUGAUGCUACUUCCGGGCCAUUAACAAAUUUGCAUACUGCUUCCGAAAUCUCAAAUUUCAAAGGGAUGUUUCCAUCAAGCCUACCUGCUCCAGUUCAUGUUGAGCUAAAGCCGCCUAUUACACUCCCUGCUGAAAUGAAUAGUGAAUCUACCAUAUCAAAUCAACAAAAUUAUUGCAAAAUUGGGCUAGAAAUGUCCCUUGAACCUGUAAAUUUAGUUUAUGAAGGAAAUAACAAAGAUUCUGUUGCAACUUGUGACAUAAGUUGUAAUUUAAUACCUCAACCAGUUUCAACCCCGCAGACACAGACUCGGCCAACUUCAGUUGAUCAUGCCACACCAGUUGUAGACCCUCAAACUAUCUUAACCAGUAGCCUGCCUCUGGAAUCUACUACAUGUUGUAAAUCUUCAGUUAAAGCAAAACCUAUUGAGGUGGAACAAUCAUUAGUGGUUCCAACAACUUUAUCAUCCCAUACAAAACUCGAGUCAUCGCAUGCAACUACUAGUGUCAUUUUGACUGCAACUUCAUUAGUUUCCAAGAUUGAUGGGACGCCACCGACUAACAGGAACUAUAGAUAUUAUGGCAAUAGCAUUUUGGGGAAACCUCCGUUAAUUUAUGCACAAGAAAUAUUGCCAUCAAAGUUUGUGGGGUCUAAUACAUCACCAGAAGGUCUUGGAAAGGCAAAGGUGAAUCCAGUUCUCUUCCAAGAAAAGUUUCCUUCUGAACUUAAUGGUUCAGUUCCAUUGCGAAAGCAUGACUUCAUGAUAGAAGAACAUGUUCCAAACGAAAAAGGGAUGUGCUCAGAGUCAAAGACCGAACAAGUAGAUGUGACCAUGCCAAGUACUGCCUUUGGAUUGGAGGAUGACACUAGUGUUGCUAAAUCUGGAAGAUUUCAUGCAUAUCACCAGCCAGUUGAUUUGCAUCCUUCCAUAUACAUUGGUGAUAUCCAGACAUCAGAUGACAGUCAGCAACCUUCACCAGAUUUAGAAAUCAUAACAUCUCAAUCAGAGAACAAGCAGAAUAACAGUAGAGUAGACUCUGCAAGGGAUGUCAAGAAUGCAGCCCCUAUUUCUACUUCAGCUAUCUCCCAGGGGAAAACAGAACAAGAGAGGAUUGGUUUAGAAAUAUCUAAUCCUUGCUCUAUAACUGCUGCUUUAGUGGCACAACCAAAAAAAGUUGUUUUGGAGUCAACAAAGGCCAAAAGUACCAAUGGACGAAGAAAGAAACGAAAAGAGACACUUCCUAAGGGUAGUGGACACAAGUAUUAUGAUCUUGAUAGUGCACACAGUUCUCUCAAUGAGAAUGUCGAGAGUUUUGUUACUUCAGAGGAUGUUCAGUGUUCCUUGGCAACUGAUUUAAAGCUGAAUUUUACAUGCGAGGCUGCAAAGGACAAUUCAACUGGUGGGAAUGAUUGCCAGAACAGAAGUGACUUGUUCAGCUGGGAAAAUACAACGGAAAACUCUGCGGACAAGUUGAAACUUUUUGGGGGUACCCAUUCUAAAAGUGGAGCAGAAGUAAACAAGGAUAAAUCUGAGUUUGACCAUAAAAGGUAUUCCCGGGAUUUUCUUUUAACGUUUGCACAAAGUUGCAUCGAACUUCCUGCAGGUUUCAUGAUUGGAUUCGAUAUUUCUGAAGCAGUAAUGAGUGUACAUGUUGGUGCUCCAUUUAUAGACAAUACUCAACUUAAUUCAAACCAUGCAAGGAUAAAAGAUCGAGGUUCCCGAGGUAGUCGUCAUAUGACUGGUAAAUUUGAUGAUGAUAAGUGGAGAAAACAGUUUUUUUCUACUGUUUCUGGACGUAACCUGCUUUCUGACAAUUUUUAUCAACCUGCCUUUUCUAAUCGGGAUGCAGUACAACAUGUUGGGAACGGAUCUGUAAGAAGUUUAUCACAAAGUCAGCCAUUAAGUCAAUAUAGUGGCGAGGUGCUCUCCGGAGCUAUGAAAGUAGUAUCUCGGCGCAGCAUGUCACGUGGAUCUGUUGAUGAGAGAUGGCAACAUAGAACUAAUGUUCAGGGUAUUUCAUCGCCUUCUCAGGUAUCUAUGCCAAUUAUGCACAAAGCUGAGAAAAAAUAUGAAAUAGGUAAGGGGAUUGAUGAGGAAGGGUCAAAACAAAGGCAGUUGAAAGCUAUUCUGAAUAAGUUAACCCCCCAAAAUUUCGAAAAACUUUUUGCGCAGUUCAAGGAGUUGAAUAUUGAUAACGUGGUCACACUUACUGGUGUCAUAUCUCAGAUAUUUGACAAAGCUUUGAUGGAACCCACUUUUUGUGAGAUGUAUGCUAGUUUCUGUUUCCGAUUAGCUGGUGACCUACCAAACUUUGUCAAAGAUGAUGAGAAAAUCACUUUCAAACGACUGCUUUUAAAUAAAUGCCAAGAAGAAUUUGAAAGAGGAGAAAGAGAGCAGGCUGAAGCAAAUAAAGCAGAAGAAGAGGGUGGAGCUAAACAAUCUGAAGGCGAGAGAGAGGAAAAACGGAUUCGAGCACGGAGACGCAUGCUAGGAAAUAUUCGGUUAAUUGGUGAAUUGUACAAAAAGAAAAUGCUGACCGAGAGAAUAAUGCAUGAAUGCAUAAAUAAACUGCUAGGUGAGUAUCAAAACCCAGAUGAGGAAGACCUAGAGGCUUUGUGCAAAUUAAUGAGCACGAUCGGGGAGAUGAUAGAUCAUCCCAGGACAAAGGUCCAUAUGGAUUUUUAUUUUGGCCUUAUACAUAAGCUAUCAGAAAAUGUGAAGUUAUCAUCGCGUAUAAGAUUUAUGCUAGAAGAUGUGAUUGACCUUAGAAAAAACAAGUGGAGGCAGAGAAGGAAAGUAGAAGGGCCAAAAAAGAUAGAGGAGGUCCGCAGGGAUGCAGUAAAACAUAAGUUUGGCCAAUCAACAAGGUUUGGCUCUUCUCCUAAUUAUAAUUCAUCUGUUACUUGCAUUAGCUCUGGAUUGAGACCAGGGCCUCCAGAUGCUAGAUAUCAGUCUUCAAAUAGAGUCUUGCAUGUUCCACUCCAUCAAAGGCGUGCUCAUAAAUCCAUUCGCCUUGGUCCUCAAGGUGACUUAGGAAGAGGAAUCUCGAUUUGUGGGAAGCAACACGUUUCAAAUGAUAUUUUGCCAGAAGUUACUUUGAAUAGUCAUCAUGGUCAAACAUCAGAAAACUCAAGAGACAGUUCAUUUACAGGAGUGACAAGUAAUCCAACAGGCUUCAAAGCCGGUAAUACAUCUUGGGGAAUGGUGGAUCUUUCUUCACCAGUACCGUCAACUAUAGGUCAAACACAUACAUCCUCCACAGUCAGAAAGGAGAUGUGUGCUGAAGCGCAUACAUUCCCUGAAGAGGUUCUUCAAGAGAAAUCGAUACUAACCAUAAAAGAAUUUUACAGUGCUAAGGAUGAGAAGGAGGUCGCUCUGUGCAUGAAAGAACUGAAUGCUCCCGGCUUCUAUCCUUCUCUUGUGUCACUUUGGAUCACUGACUCGUUUGAAAGAAAAGACCUGGAAAGGGAACUCUUGGCCAAGCUUUUGGUGUACUUGUGCACAGCUCAAGAGCACUUGCUGAGCCAGAGGCAGCUACUCCAGGGGUUCCAACAUGUUCUAUCUACCUUGGAGGAUGCCGUGACCGAUGCGCCGAAAGCGACCAAGUUCCUGGGCCAAAUAUUUGCCAGAGUCGUACUGGAAGACGGGAUCUCGCUGACGGAGGUAGGAGGGCUGCUGCAGGAGUGGGAUGGCAGGGAAGAGCCAGCAGGACAGCAUGCCCUGGAGGACAGCCUCGCAUCCGAGGUUCUAGGGAGCAUGCUAGAGUCCAUCAGAGUAGAGAGGGGCGACAACGCCGUGGACGAAAUCCGCGCAAAAUCCAACCUGCAGAGGCGUGGGGUGUGUGCCUGACGCCUGAUGCAGGAAGCAGGGUGCUUAGAUUGCAAUUUUGUUAGGUUGUCGGGAUCCUAACCUUAGAAAUAAAGGUUAGAUAAGAUUUUGCUGGUCUUUUGUUUUCCUUGUGUUACCACUACUUUUGCAGAAGAACUUGUUGAGUUUUCUGUGCUGGUUCGUGGCUGGCUUUUAAACAUAACUCAUGAUGGUUUCGAAUCUCAUGAUGAUUUGUACCAUCUUUGUUCCUAUGAAGCAUCAGUUUCUCUGGUUUC